CCUCCUUGUCUUUGUUCUUCUGUACUCCUAAAGCAUCUUCUAAAUUCCAAAUGAUUAACACGAAAUUUAAUAAACUCAUAUUUAAUAAAAAGGUAACUUUGUUUAAAUAAUUAGAAUUAACUACGGUAAUAUUUGUGUGUACAGAACACAAAUAAGAAGAGGUAAAAUGAUUAACUUCGCAUUUUUGGUGGCUGAAAACAAUGGCGAUGAUUCUGCAAGUCUCUCCUUCUUCCACUCCCUCUUCCUUAUGCCACACCAGAAACCCUAAAACCCGAUUCUUCUUCUCUUCAAUUCAAGCUCCGUCGGAGUCUAAUACGAAGAGAUUCAGAUGCAGAGCAGUCCGAGAGAAAGCCGAGGAGAAGAACACUUCGCCGUCGUCUCCGGAGGAAGUUACCAAGAAAUACGGACUCGAAGUUGGUCUGUGGAAGAUAUUGACCUCAAAGGAUGAAGAAAGUGAUGGAGAGAAGAAGAAUAAGAAGAAGUCAAAAACAGAUGAAGCUAAGGAGUUGCUUGCAAAGUACGGCGGUGCUUACCUUGCAACGUCCAUCACCCUUUCACUCAUCUCCUUCUCUCUCUGCUACGCUCUCGUUACUUCUGGUGUUGAUGUUCAAGCUCUCCUUCUCAAGGUUGGGAUCUCGACGAAUGAGACGGGAGAGAAAGUGGGAGCCUUUGCUUUGGCUUACGCAGCGCAUAAAGCUGCUUCUCCCAUAAGGUUUCCGCCUACGGUGGCUUUGACUCCUAUUGUAGCUAAUUGGAUUGGGAAGAAAGUUGACAAGGAGAAGGAUGAAUAAUAGUCUUUUCUUCCCUUUUGUUUAUUUUGGAGGUACUAAAAAUGUACAUGUUACUGGAUAAUCAUUAAUAUAUUUACACACAUCUCUCUA